UGCAGAGCAAAACUGUUACUUGAUGCCUGUUAAUAGAAGAGUAUCGUAUCGCUUUGUGACAGCACUUCAUAGGGGACUGUUUCGGUACUGUAGAUGUUCCUCUCACCAGCACGUCAUGGUGGAUGUAACAGAGAGAGAGAUGGAUAACCCCACGUUUAAAAGUGGCACUGUACUUUCUGAUGUUCACUUACACUGUCCAAACAAAAGACAUCUCAUGGUACGAUUGAAUGCAGUUGGACAACCAGUAUUCCUGUCAUAUUUCAAAAUCCUUUGGAACACAGAAGAUUUGGCAUCUGAGAAACAUGUGAGAGAAGCUAUAGCAGAAGGAGAACACCAGUACAGAAGUGGAGAUGAACUGUGUGACAAGGACAGGAAUAAUCUAAAAAAAGAAAGAGAAUUAAAUAAUGAAGGACUAGAAGCUCUGCUAGAUGAUGAUGGAGACUUGGAAGUUGUCAGAAGACCUCGAAGUGCCUCUGAUUUAGAAGUGGAGGAUCUUUUGAGGGAUAGAGUAUAUCCUGUAAUUCUGAUGAAAGGGAAAGAAGGUGCUUUUGAAGAUGAAGAACAAGAAUACACUUGCAGUGAUGUUGUUAAAAUAGAACAUACUAUGGCAACCCCCUUAGAAGAUGUUGGUAAACAAGUCUGGCGUGCUGCCUUUCUUCUUGCUGAUUACAUUCUGUUUAAACGGGACACGUUCAGGUGUUGCUCAGUGCUAGAGCUUGGAGGUGGCACUGGAAUUACAAGCAUUAUCAUGGGAACAGUUGCAAAGAGAGUUUAUUGCACGGAUGUUGGUGAAGAUCUUCUGGGCAUGUGUGAGCAAAAUAUUGCAUUAAACAAACACCUGAUGGAGCCGGGAAGAGGGGAAGUUAAAGUAAAAGAAUUGGACUGGCUGAAACAUGAAUUCUGCACUGAUCCUGAAGCUCCUUAUAGCUGGUCUGAAGAAGAGAUUGCUGAUUUGCAUGACCACUGUACUGUGAUAAUAGCAGCUGAUGUGUUCUAUGAUGAUGACCUGACAGAUGCCUUGUUUAGAACGCUGUAUAGAAUCACACACAACUUGAGAAAUUCUUGCACAGUUUAUCUAGCAUUAGAAAAGAGACUGAACUUCACUUUAAGACAUAUGGAUGUUACGUGUGAAGCCUACAGUCAUUUCAGAAAUACUCUGAAUGAUUUGGAGAAACUCCAAGAUAGAAAAAUGAAAUAUACUGUGGAGCCCGUUAAGCUUGAUUUCUGCCAGUUUCUCGUUUAUGAACGAAUUGAGCAGUUGGAAUUGUGGAGGAUCAUUGCUGAACAGCUAGCAUGACAGGGACAUGAGAAAAUAGAAGAUCUUUAUCUAAGUAUAAAGGCUUUUUAUGAUGUUUUAUUAAAAAUAGAUUUUCUUCCCAAGAAAAGCAUUUUUCUGGUGGAACUGUGUUUUCAGAAAGUAUUGCUGUGCAGAUUUGCUUUACUUCAGUAAGUUUUGGUUUUGGCACUUAGGAUAUUUUCUUUUACAAAACUAUUUAAUGUUGAUCUUCAAAGUAUGUGCUGGAUGCCAAACAGUGGCAGUGACACAGUGGCUUGCUCUUGGGGAUUGAUGACCUAGCUAUUUUAGUUUUCUGAAUGUAGACAGUGUUCUUGGCCUCACCCUAGUUCCACGUUGUUUAUAUUUAUGGAUAUUUGUGAAACAGUUUCUGGGAAAGACCUGUUUGUCUUUCAUGGAUUUCU